CGCAGAAGCCGCCGACGCCGGUGCUGCACUUGUACAUAAACCGCUGUCCAUUCAUGAAGGCCAUUAUCUCUUACAUCGGCCCCAUAACUGUCGAACUGUGAGAUUUUUCGCGGAGCUUCAACCCCUUCGUCAAAAUGCGUGAGUGUAUCUCCAUCCACGUCGGUCAGGCCGGUGUCCAGAUCGGCAACGCCUGCUGGGAGCUUUACUGCCUGGAACAUGGGAUCCAGCCGGACGGACAGAUGCCCAGUGACAAAACCAUCGGAGGAGGAGACGACUCCUUCAACACCUUCUUCAGUGAGACCGGAGCUGGAAAGCACGUCCCGAGAGCUGUUUUUGUGGACCUGGAACCCACCGUCAUCGAUGAGGUGCGCAGUGGGACUUACCGCCAGCUGUUCCACCCUGAGCAGCUGAUCACUGGUAAGGAGGACGCUGCCAACAAUUAUGCCCGUGGACACUACACCAUCGGCAAAGAGAUCAUCGACAUUGUGCUGGACAGGAUCCGCAAGCUGUCGGACCAGUGCACCGGCCUUCAGGGCUUCCUGGUGUUCCACAGCUUCGGAGGCGGCACCGGCUCCGGCUUCACCUCUCUGCUGAUGGAGCGUCUCUCUGUCGACUACGGCAAGAAAUCCAAGCUGGAGUUCUCCAUCUACCCAGCUCCCCAGGUGUCCACCGCUGUGGUGGAGCCCUACAACGCCAUCCUGACCACCCACACCACCCUGGAGCACUCUGACUGUGCCUUCAUGGUCGAUAACGAGGCCAUCUACGAUAUCUGUCGUAGGAACCUCGAUAUCGAGCGUCCCUCCUACACCAACCUGAAUAGGCUAAUUGGUCAGAUCGUGUCCUCCAUCACUGCUUCUCUUCGCUUUGAUGGCGCCCUCAAUGUUGAUCUGACAGAGUUCCAGACCAACUUGGUACCAUAUCCCCGUAUCCACUUCCCUCUGGCCACCUAUGCCCCCGUCAUCUCUGCUGAGAAGGCUUACCACGAGCAGCUGUCAGUGUCAGAAAUCACCAAUUCCUGUUUCGAGCCAGCGAAUCAAUUGGUAAAAUGUGACCCUCGCCACGGCAAAUACAUGGCCUGCUGCCUUCUGUUCCGUGGUGACGUGGUUCCCAAAGAUGUGAAUGCUGCCAUUGCCACCAUCAAAACCAAGCGCUCCAUCCAGUUUGUGGACUGGUGCCCCACUGGUUUCAAGGUGGGCAUCAACUACCAGCCUCCCACUGUAGUUCCUGGUGGAGAUCUGGCCAAGGUCCAGAGGGCUGUGUGCAUGCUGAGCAACACCACUGCUAUUGCAGAGGCCUGGGCUCGGCUUGACCACAAGUUUGACCUGAUGUACGCCAAGCGGGCCUUUGUUCACUGGUACGUGGGGGAGGGAAUGGAGGAGGGAGAGUUCUCAGAAGCCAGAGAGGACAUGGCAGCUCUGGAGAAGGAUUAUGAGGAGGUCGGAGUCGACUCCAUUGAGGGCGAGGGAGAGGAAGAGGGAGAGGAAUAUUAAAAGGGACUAAAAAAUGCUUAAACAGGAAAAAGUUGCUCCAAAUCAACCGUAAAUACAUUCCAACAGAAAAGUUUGUCAAAGAGAAACCAGAAUUAGGUUGAUAGAUUGGAGUUUACUCUUUUAACAGUGAGGAAGACGAGUAUUAAAAGGAACUAAUAGCUCUAUUCAAACAGGAGACAAUUGCUCAGAGUUAGAGGAGAGUUGGGCUUUUCAGACUAAGCUAUCCAGAAUAUGCCAUUUUCACUAUGCUCUAAAUAAAUUCCAUGCAACAUACA